CCAUCAUCGCAUCUGAUAGCUCAUUUAAGUGGCUCCAUCCAUAUUCGGCCUGAAAACUGAUUAAAAACAGACUCUACAGCUUGAAAAUCAGAUACUCUUAAUUUUGAUUUUUUUUAUCCAUCUUGCCUGUUGAACAGCUUUAAAGAAAUCUACAGUUUAUACAUUUUUUCAUGGCUUUUGGAUUAGCCUAACUCAGUUUAUUAUGUUAUUGAUUUGUUAAGUUUAUUUCCCAUCAUCUCUGGGUUUCCAUUCCUACAACAGCCAUGUUGUGAAUUAAGCUGAGUUGAGACAGAAUAAUUAGCCCAAAGGAACCUAUCAAAGAGAAAUGCACACAGAACUGCGCACAGCUGGAACUUAAUCAUGUGUACAGGGAAAGUUCCUUAAAUGUCUGAAAGGUUCCAAAUGUUGUCUGAAAUGCUAAGGAGGAAACUUCGUCACUGUGGUAUCCUACGAUUUAAGCCUCUUUGGGUGUUAGUUUGUACAGUUGGAAUCUGGUCUUAUAUUAUGGUUCACCAGAAACCAACCUACCAAGAUGAUGAGCAUUUGGAACUGACUGGUGAACAUCCCAAUACAGUAAACUGUUCCAAGAUACUAGAGGGUGACACAGAGGAAAUUCAAAAAGUAAAGCUUGAGCUGUUAACAGUCUCCUUUAGGAAAACCCCCAAAAUGACUCCAAAUGACUAUAUCGACAUGACAAUUGAUUGUGCCUCCUUUAUUAAAAGGCGGAAAUAUAUUAUGGAACCUCUUAGCCAAGAAGCAGCAGAAUUUCCCAUUGCAUAUUCAAUAGUGGCUUAUCAUAAAAUUAAUAUGCUUGAGAGACUUCUGAGAACCAUAUACGCUCCUCAAAACUAUUACUGCAUUCAUAUUGAUAAAAAGUCCCCGGAGUCUUUCUUGGCAGCAGUAAAAGGGAUUGCAUCAUGUUUUCACAAUGUCUUCAUUGCCAGCCAAUUGGAAAGUGUAGUGUAUGCAUCAUGGAGCCGGGUACAAGCUGAUCUCAACUGCAUGAAGGAUCUCUACAGGAGGAAUGUGAGCUGGAAGUACUUGAUCAAUCUCUGCGGCACGGAUUUCCCAAUCAAGACCAAUCAAGAAAUUGUGGAGAAGUUGAAAGCCCUUAAUGGUGAAAAUAGUUUAGAAACAGAAAAAAUGCCUUCAAACAAAGAGGUGAGAUGGAAGAAACAUCAUGAAGUAGUUGAUGGCAAGGUAAAAAAUAUGGGGAUAGACAAGCAGCAUCCACCUCUCAACACACCCAUUUUCUCUGGAAGUGCCUAUUUUGUUGUUAAUAGGAAAUUUGUGGAAUAUGUAUUAGAGAAUAGCAAAAUUCUUGCUUUUAUAGAAUGGGCUAAAGACACGUACAGUCCUGAUGAAUACUUAUGGGCUACAAUUCAGCGAAUCCCUGAAGUUCCUGGUGCAGUCUCUGCCAGUGACAAAUAUGAUGUUUCUGAUAUGAAUGCCGUUGCCCGGUUUGUGAAGUGGCAUUACUUUGAAGGGGAUGUAUCCAAGGGUGCUCCUUACCCACCUUGCAAUGGAAUUCACGUCCGUUCUGUAUGUGUCUUUGGAGUCGGAGAUUUGAGCUGGAUGUUACGGAAACAUCAUUUUUUUGCCAACAAAUUUGAUACUGACGUUGAUCCUUUUGCAAUUCAGUGUCUGGAAGAGCAUUUACGACACAAAAUGCUACAACAACGCAGACACUAACAUGCAGUGUUCUUUUUAUGGUACACAUCUUAUUUGAUUAAAUUGGCAGACAAGAGAUGGAAAAUAAGAUACCCCUUUUUUGUUUUUAAACAAAGCUUGUAGGGUGAUUUUCUAGCUGAUGGUGUCCCCUGAGCUUUCUUAAUUCUAUUUUUUUUCCUAAAGUUCCUAAGUUCUAUUAGAAAAAUUCUCUUGCAAAAGGCCACAGGAUUUUAGGCAUGAAACAAGAUCCUUCAGCUUAUAACUGAAAGACUUACACUCUGUUCACCUCUCCUCUGUAUCCUUUAAAGAAUUCUAUUAGAAAUCAAAUAAUCUUGAUCCUUAGUUUGUGUAGCCACUAAGAUACUUUCCUUAGUGGAAAAUGGACAAUUUUGAGGAGAGUAAGGAGACAAAACUAAGUGGUCAUGGUGGAAGAGAUCUCCGAUUAAGGGAAAGUUAUGAGAUUAUGAAAUGGGAAUUUGAAGUAUAUUUAUAUCUCUCUGGUCAAAUUACUGAAUUCUGCCUCUUUUUUUAAAAAACUGUACCAGCAAUAUUUACAUAUACAUAUAUACAUAAAACACAUGGAAGUUGUUCUUUUCUAAGCUUAAUUUUUUGGAUAGACUGUAUUCAGUUUUGUAUAGAUGUUUUGUCUACAGAAAUGUAGCAGAAGCCUCCCAGUUAAAAUAUUCUCAAGGAAAUAAAAUGUAUGCCUGUUUGUGUUCAUUUUAAUAUAACUUGAUGGCAUAUAUGUUUGCUGCUUGCCAGAUCAUUUGUCACUUUUCCAUAAAGGGAGAACAAAACAAAUAAGUAGAAUUGUUAAUUCAUGAUAGUUCCUACCAUUCGUUUUGCUACUAGAAAUUUUUGAAUCUUCCAAAUUGAAAAAAUGUGUCCUUUUUAAGUCUUGUUUUUAUGCUAACUGCAUUAAACUCUUCAAAAGGGGAGGAGUUAACAUAUUUCAGUUCUUAAUAAAUCUAAGCAGCAGAACAAACAAGAUCUAGAACAGGCAUAAUGAGUGCUUCUUUUUACAGCUAGAAUUCUUUUUCUUUUCUGGUGUCUUUCCCGAGGCUGGCUUGGAAACAAUUUUUGGAGAUGGCAUGAGGUACAAAAUAGGACUUCAGUUUCCUGCUGAACAUCCAAGUGUUCCAAAAUAGCCCAUAAUUAAAACUGUACUGGAUAGAAUUUUGCCAACUGCAAUAUUUUAUGUCAAAUUAUAUUUCUAUACGACUGGGUUUUUACAUGUUUUAUUUCUUAGGGGUUAAUUUUAAAAAAGGAGAAGACAAAAUCUCCAAGUUGAGUUGGGUUCUUAUUGACAUCAAGGUGAAAUCCCAUCAGGUUUUCUUGGCCAGCAUUGGUGACCAGUGCUGAGAAUUUUAUUUAUUUAUUUAUUUAUUGGUCAUCCCCACGUAGCCUUAUAGCCUGAUAGGCAAAGUUGUAAACAAAAGUGAAAAUAUUUUAAAGACUACAAAAUGCUACCUGGCCCAUCAAUCAACCAAGUAGGAUGAACAAUUAUUUAGAAAUUUGCCAUUAAGAUAAUGAUUAAAAAUAUGCAAUUUCAAUUAUAUUACAGAGAUAAUAUGUGGGGGAUGAAGUUUCUUAAGGAUUAUUUAUCAUGAGUUUGCCUGUUCACUCCAUUUUGGAUCUAUGUCCCAUCUUCCUCUUUUGAGUAUAGGAACUGCUGUCAUCUGACCACAGGUAAAAUGAGUUUCUGUAGAUCAAUGUUUCCCAACCUUGAUAAUUUUAAGAUAUGUGGACUUCAACUCCCAGAAUUCCCCAGCCAGCCAUAGAAAGUUAAAGCCUGGGAGUUGAAGUCCACAUAUCUUAAAUUUGCUAAGGUUCGGAAACACUGUUGUAGGAUUUAUCCCACAAUGCCUGUGAUUUUCCUAAAGUUACCCUACUUAAAUAUUUUUGCUGCAGGUAAAUAUUUCUACUGUAGUACAAUCUUACGUUCUUUCGUUCACUUUUUUGUCCCUGGACUUUUUUUCAAACUUCAUCUUCCCUACUGGAUGAUCUUGGCUCUACUCUCAAUUUGGAGUUUCCAGUAGGUGUUUAGAGAGGCUGAUGUUGAGACAUCUAGCUUAGCAUGAUCCCAAAACAUUACUGAAAACCAUAGUUUAGCUAUGCAACUGGACCUUAGCAAUGGGUCCUGACUUAUCUUCAAGAUUCAGCAAGACAUUGAUUGGGCUAUCUCACACGUUGGAUUCAUUUAGCAUGUGAAUGAAUUCUCUGACAUCUGACUUGGUAGGUUCUUACAUAUGAUGGUACGCCUGCUUCAGUUAAGAACAAUGGAUGUCUUCCAAAAAUAUCCAUGCACAUGCAAUAAAUCAUUGUCAUAAUUUAUUUCACACUACUGAAGAUCUCCAAUAACUGAUUAUAAAUUACAAUUCACUGAUUAUAAGUGAAUAGAUUUUGUUAGCAUUCGCUUGACCAAUUCUAUGUUGUAAUGCUCAAAUACAGUUACCAAAAUAUUUAAUAAAUAUGUGAUACAGUAA